AUGUUCAAUCAUCUAUUUAUUAUUUUCCUUAGUUAUCAUUUAUUAUAUUCCACAACAUGUCUAAUCAUUCAUACUCAACGUACAAAAUAUAAUGAAGAAAUUUGUGUUAAAAAUCAUUUUCGUUCAAUAUCAACAAAUAAUUUACAUGUAUGUUAUAUAAAUAAUAAUCAAGAUCAUUCAAUACUUAUUUGGUUUAAAAUCGAUAAUAUUCUUUUUAAUCUUUUUCAUUUUUAUCGUUUUAUAUUACGAACAAUCGAUGAUAUAUCAUUAACAACAAAUAAUAUUCAUCUAUUAACUAAUUUUACGGAACUUAUUGAUUUAAAUAAUAGUUUACGUGUAUUUAAUCUUAAUUCAGGUCAAUAUGAAAUAUGUUUAGAUUUUCAAUCAAAUUUAACAACGUACAUAUAUUCACCACGUAAUGGUUGUAUAUCAAUUCGUAUAGGUAAAUUAUUACAUCGAUCAUUUAAACAAAGUUCAAUACAAUUAUUUAUUGCAUUAAUUACUGGUAUAAUACUUUUUCUUCUUCUUGGUCUUAUCGUUCAAUGGUUAAAAAGUAAACAAAUAGACAAUAAACAUGAAAAUAAUAAAAUAAAAUUAUCAUCUAAAGAAGAAAAUAUUGAACAACAAGCAAAAAAUUCUAAUAUACUUUCAACAGUAUCACUUAAAAAACAACGUGAUAGAAUUGUAAAAAAAUUAUUUCGUUCUCAUAUUGAUCAACAAGAUUCAUCAAGUAUGAAACAAUGGGCACGUAAUCGAGCUUUUCGUCAUCGUAUAGCAACACAAGAACAAGAAAUUCAUUCUUGGAAUAAACCAUCAACAAUUUCUCAAAAACCGAAUUUACCUUUAACUACAAAUGAUAUUUAUAUUAUUCCAAUGAAUGAAUGUUCAAGAAAAAAAAUAUCUUUAUAUUUAAAACCAUCCGAAGAAUUUGAAUUACUUUAA